AUGGAAAUUACCGGCUACUUUUUAGCCCCAGAAACAGGUUCUUAUACAUUUACCCUAGGAAAUGUUGACGAUUCAGCUGGUUUGUUGUUUGAUCAAGAUGCGUUUGGUUUUUGCGAACAAAAUGAUAUUACUGCUACCACAACAAAUUUUUUGCUAAAUGCUAUUAAGGGUUGCGAAUCAGGAAAAGAAGCUUCUGUAUCUAGUGAAAAAACUCUAAUUGGUGGACUUUAUUACCCAAUAAGAAUUAUAUUUUCAAAUGCAAUUACAAAAGCAAGCUUAGAUUUUUCAGCAACAUUACCCAAUGGAACCGUUAUUAAUGAUUUUACUAAUUACAUUUAUACAUUCGGUGAAGAUGAAUCUUAUUGCCCAGCAUUUGAACGUGAAACUACAACAUACACACCAUGGACUGGUUCAUUCACAUCCACCAUUGGUACUAUUGUUACAAUCAGCGUUGGCUCAGAUGGUAUUCCAACUACCUCCAACUAUCUACACAGUUGA